AUGAAGGUGGCAGUCUGGGCCCUCACAAUUUUCAGCUUUGGCGUGUUCCUUGCUUCGGGGACUUCCGAGCUAUGGGAGGACGCCUUUGUCGGAUGUGCAAUGGAUGCUGUAAGACAUACAGCAAAUUGUAAAGUACCGAGUUCUGACGUAACAAUUCAAGGAGUCACAUCUAAAUGCUUAUUGAGAGGGCACGCAAUACAAGCCGGGCUUGGGAAUAAUAACACGUCGCUGCGCAUUGCUGCCUUGAACGUCAGCUCGCUGUUGCCGUUGGUCAAAUCAGUCAACCGCAUUGCAGCAGCCAACGGACUGGCGCCCGUCAGCUGGACGCUGCUGGACCCGGCGACGGCUGACGUGUUUCUCAAGCAGGAGAUCAAGCACGAACGCAGCUUCCAUGCCUACGUGCUGUCGGGGCAACAGGCGGGCGAUAUGAUCUAUUUGGGGGUGCCCCAGGACCUCUCGGGGCUGGUUGCCCGGGACCACAUCUUGGAUUGGACGUCCCUGCUGCCUUUUUACCGCGAAUUCGCGGCGGUGUUCGGCGGCGUCGUUACGUCCAUUCCGGUGUCCGGCUUCGUCACCCUGCUCUACUACCGAACGGACCUGUUCGAGGCGGCGGGUCGGCAACCGCCGCGGACAUGGCAGGAGGCCCUGGAGACCGCCGCGCACUUCAACGGCUCCGAUCUGGACGGUGAUGGCCAGGCCAAUGACUACGGCAUCUGCUUGUGGCAGUCCAGGGACUGUGUCUCUGCGGGUUUGCCGGUGCUGGCGAUACUGGCCAGUCUGGUUCAGUCGGGGGGCCACAGCAGCGGGCUCUUCAUGCAGCCCUCCACCGGCAAGGCGGUGGUCGACACGGCGGCCUGGCUGGCGGCGCUGCAGCUGGCCGAGCAGCUGGGUGCCUUCGCGCCACCCGCGGCCGACAGGCGGGCCGCCGGAAGCCGCGACUGCACCUACAUGCCGCUAUUCGGACAGGUAGCAGGGACGGGGUGCUGCAGGGGGGGGGCGAGAGCAUCCGUGCGUGUGCAGGAGUACACGAAGGAUCAAUCGAUCAUACCUAGGGUUUUUAACUUCCUUCGAUGGAAAUUUUAUCUCAACUAA